GAGCACGGAAGAACCAUGAGGUGGCUGUUACUGCUCGGCUUGGUGGCGCUCUCCGAGUGCAUCACCCACAAGGUCCCGCUCGUCAAGAAGAAGUCCUUGAGGAAGAACCUGACUGAGCAAGGCAAACUGAAGGACUUCCUGAAGAUCCACCACCACAACCUAGCCAGCAAGUACUUCCCUGCCACCUCAGAGGCUGCCAACUUCCUGGACGAACAGCCCCUUGAGAACUACCUGGAUACGGAGUACUUUGGCACCAUCAGCAUCGGAACCCCGGCUCAGAACUUCACCGUCAUCUUUGACACUGGCUCUUCCAACCUGUGGGUGCCCUCCAUCUACUGCUCCAGCUCUGCCUGCACCAACCACAACCGCUUCAACCCUGAGGAAUCCUCCACCUACCAGGGCACCGACGAGACGCUCUCCAUCACCUAUGGCACCGGCAGCAUGACAGGCAUCCUCGGAUAUGACACUGUCCAGGUUGGAGGCAUCAGCGAUGUCAACCAGAUCUUUGGCCUGAGUGAGACAGAGCCCGGCUCCUUCCUGUAUUAUGCCCCCUUCGAUGGCAUCCUGGGUCUGGCUUACCCCAGCAUCUCCUCCUCCGGGGCCACCCCUGUCUUUGACAACAUCUGGGACGAGGGUCUGAUUUCCGAAGACCUCUUCUCUGUCUACCUGAGCUCCAAUGACGAGAGUGGAAGCGUGGUGAUAUUUGGUGGCAUCGAUUCUUCUUACUAUACAGGAAGCCUCAACUGGGUGCCUGUUUCUGUUGAGGGUUACUGGCAGAUCACCGUGGACAGCAUCACCAUGGAAGGAGAGUCCAUCGCUUGCAGCAGUGGCUGCCAGGCCAUUGUUGACACCGGCACCUCUCUGCUGGCCGGCCCAACCGACGCCAUUUCUAACAUCCAGAGCUACAUCGGAGCCAGUGAGGACUCAUACGGUGAUAUGGUGGUCAGCUGCUCCUCCAUCAGCAGCCUGCCCAACAUCGUCUUCACCAUCAACGGCGUCCAGUACCCUCUGUCCCCCAGUGCCUACAUCCUGGAGAGCGACGACAGCUGCACCAGUGGCUUCGAGGGCAUGGACCUCUCCAGCUCCGAAGAGCUCUGGAUCCUGGGUGACGUCUUCAUCCGCCAGUACUUCACCGUCUUCGACAGGGCAAACAACCAGGUCGGCCUGGCUGCCGUGGCCCAAGCCUGAGUCU